AUGGUGUUAGACACGGUGGUAUAUCAUCCUAGUGUCAGUCGAGUGAUCAAACUAUUGGACUCUACAGCAGGAAGAGAAAAAGUGUUACGGCUGCUACAGUAUUUGUGCAGAUUUCUGGGGUUUCAGUACUCGAUUUUGCUAGCCAAACACUUGCAAGCGCAGUUCACCACUAUCCGUAAAGUUCUCAGGUUUUUGAAACCGCUCAACCAUCUUCAAGCUGCAUCACGAUUCUAUGACAAUAAGAUCUCGGGCGAUAAUAUAGCGCGGUGGUGCAACGUUUUCAAGAACGUGGCAUAUGCGGGAUACCUCACGCUGGACCAGGUUAAUCUGCUUCGUAUCCUUAAAUUGGUGCCUGUCACUAAAACCACCGGUGAAAGAGUGCCCAGGUGGGCUAAUUGGUUCUGGUUUGCUGGCCUAUUGAGCGGCCUGGUGCUCGAUUUCAGAAGACUGUACGUUUCGCAGGAACGCAUCAAGACUCUCAUCGUGGAAUCACAACCUUCCGAUGAGAAGAAGCUACUACUCCAAUCCUACGAAGCUAGGAAGGCAAGCUUAAGAAGACUCGUUUGGGACUCCCUCGACACCUUUAUCGUUUUGAACAACCUAAAGUUCCUCAAAUAUCCAGACGGCUCAAUAGGUCUCGCAGGGGUCGCAACGUCAUUGCUAGGGCUACAAGAUCUUUGGAAGGCCGCUAUUUGA